AUGGAGGCAGCACACCACUGUAGACUCGAGGUUGGUACUGUCUUCAAGAGACGGUUCUAUUUUCUUGUGGACCAGCAAGGAAGGGUAGUGGAGUCAGGCUUUACCGAGCCUGAACCAGGAGGUGACAGGAACGGCACAGACCGCAGCCAAGACUUAGACCACAGCGACCUCGACCACAGUGUGGGUGGGUAUGGUGGAAGUGACUUUGGUCGGAGUGACUGUGGUCGGAGUGACUGUGGUCGGAGUGACUGUGGUCGGAGUGAGUAUGAUCCCUGUGGUGAUUGCGGCACUCUGUUGCAAGCGGUAAAAGACUACUUCGGUGGACGUGACUCUUUGGGUAGGCUGGCAACGCGUUUGCCGAAGGCCUCUGGUUUCAGAAAACGUGUGUGGAGGUGCAUCGCGAGCAUCCCUUUCGGGUGCACCAUAUCGUACCAGAGACUGGCUGAGAAAUGCGGCAGCCCUAAGGGGGUGCGAGCGGUGGCCACGGCCUGCGGCACAAACAAGGUCCCGCUGUUUAUACCCUGUCAUCGCGUUAUCAAGUCGAACGGUGCCACCGGGCACUAUGCAUUUGGGGCCCGCCUGAAGGCUCAACUUAUCGCCCAUGAACUGCGCUUCAAGUGA